UUGAAUUGACUCAAGUCGGGGUUGUCCGUCAAAUAUUUGCCUGUCAAACGUUCCACAUUAAUCAACGGCUUCCAACUUCCAAUUUUCAACCCCAUUGACAUCCUCCCGAACCCGAGACGGCCAUCAACCGAAAAUGUCGCUCAAGCGCAAGGCUUCAUUCUCAGGAAUCUAUUCUCCCGAUGCGGCGCCAGUCAUCGCAGGACGGUCAUUGAUGAUGGACGACUCCCCUAAACAUCUCAAUAGUCGGACACGGAAGCGCUAUAGGAAUGAUCGCCCGGAUGAUAAAAUUGUAUAUGAAAAUACGCUCCGCUGGCUCUUCACUGCCCAGCAGCAGCAAGGACCGAUUGCUCAUGCGGACGAAACGAUAGACGACAUGGAGUCAGACUUUCUUCCAUCAGAGAUUGCCGAUCCACGACAACAAACACUGCAUAAAUUCUUCCAACCCUCCCGUCCGUUAUCUUUCCAAACCGGUCCAAACCAUAUGAAGCAACAAACGGACAAUAUUUCUCGAACCAAUACCGGUUUCUUGAAACGUCACGACCUUGACACUCUUCCAAACGUCACCUUGACCGGUAGUAAUUCGGCUAGCCCAUCCUCACAAGACACCACGGCUGAUACGGAGGCGCGUAUGGACUCCGGAAGCAAUGAGUCUGUCCAAAACUCUAACAGAUGGAAUGGAGGAUCGGGUUGGCUGUGAUAUGACAUCUGAUUGCCAAAUGCCC